AUGAAUAUCAUCAAGAAAAUUAUGGACUCUGGCGCCAAGCCAGAACUUGUUUCGAUUCCUGCGGGGCAAUUUUACCUCUUGAGGCCGAAAACUUCCCCAAAAGCAACCGUGGAGUGUUUGCAUAACGAUGCCACUCUGGGCAUCCGUGAAAGCGGGAGCCAUAGAUUCGAGCUUGUGGUACGAAAGGAGAAGGAUGACACUGAGUUAGCGUCUGGCGAUGGUACAGAAGACUUCGAAGAGGAUGGGCUCAGUGUACUGUCGGGCCAAUCUAAAGACGAUGAAUGGAGUUUCAAUUUAGAUGAGUCUUUACAGUUUCACAAGGCGUGGAGUGACCAGGGGGAAAUGUCCUUUGUGUGGAAGAAUACCAAAGGUGACGCAGGUGAGAAAUUUCAGUUUGUUGUCAACUCCGAAAUUCCCUUCACGGACGUUGGACAUUUUCUUCAUACUGCCUACGUGUGCGAAUACGAGUUCAAAUAUAAGAAAUCAGGGCGCAAAGCAGUUCGUGACGACCUAAAACAAUUUGAAUACGCCCACAGUGAUGAAGAGCUUGGGGUAGCCGAUGAGGAUCCAGAAAACACACAGUUAGUGGAAAACAUGGGCAUGUUAUCUGUCAAGAAUAAUUCUUCUAGCGAAGCUGAAAACGAAAGUGAUGUUGACUCUUUUGAGGACGCGUUGGAUGCCACUUUGCCUGUCCAUCACGUCGCGCGUUCCGACCCUCGUUCUCAACGCGACGAGAAAAAGUCCUUGAAUGUUUUCGUGGAUCGAGCCAGCAUCUAUGUCUUCGAUCCGAGCGCACAAAAAUUCUUUUUACAAGACGAUAAUUCUAAAGUGCGUAUUGUAGACUAUGGGAAAUUUGAGUAUUGGCUGACAGCAGAGGGUGAAAACGUUGGCCUAAGCGUAGAUGUAACACCCUCUGUAAACCCUUUCUUUGAAAGUAGUUCCAGGAGCUUUGUUUUCAACUAUACUCUUGAACAUAUCACAUUAUCUUACAUGCUGGAGUUCAAGGCAGACCAUACCUAUAAUCAGUUCCGAGAGAACUGGACAAGAGCUCUGUGGGAAUCUCUCAAUCAAGCUAAAUGGACCGGCAUGAGUGAUAGUGAGCGCAGCUGUAUCGUCGACUCGAGCAAAGAGGCUAACAAAGAACUGUCACUGUUUUUGAGAGACGAUGAAAAUACUGAUAGUGAGACAAGCGAUUCAUCUGACAAUGAUGAAGAACAGGAAAGUGAUCAAGAGCAAUCGGGAGACGCUGAUAGUUUUGACGAAGAUGUUGCCGAAGAGAAUUACAGAGCUUCGACUGCAGCUGUCGGAAACAAGUCGUUGACGGUGUCUUACAAAAAUGAUCGCUCUUACGUAGUAAGAGGGCAUAAGAUCGGCGUAUUCAAAACUGACGAUGACGAUAACGAAUUGAAUUUCGUAACUGCAAUUAAUGAGAUUGCCAACAUGAAAGGUGAAGCUUUCGAACCAGAAAAUCCAAUGCUUUACACCGAGGACCAAGCAAUGAUUGUUCAGGAUAAGAAUGAUCCCUCUCGCCUUUUCAAGUUGAAUCUUGAGCGUGGAAAAGUUGUUGAGGAGUAUUCAGCCGGCGGUAAAGACGUUUUGAAGUACUCGCACUCUAAAAAGUUCGACCAACUAACAAAUGAACAGACGUUCUUGGGUAUAUCAGGAAAGAGUGUGUUCCGGCUAGAUCCACGGAUAAGUGGUACUAAUAAAGUUGUCAACGAGGAAAACAAAGAUUAUGCCACAAAUUACGGGUUCUCUUCGCUGGGGACUAGUGAAGACGGCUAUAUUGCUAUCGGUUCUGCAAAAGGCGAUAUAAGACUUUUCGAUAAAUUGGGUAUUCGUGCCAAAACAUUGAUUCCUGCUCUUGGAGAACCUAUCAGACACAUCUGCAUAUCUGCGGAUGCGAAGUGGCUCUUGGCCACAUGUGAUUCGUCCAUUCUCCUGGUCGAUUUAACAAUUAGAGAAGGGAAGAACGCUGGUACCGUUGGAUUUUUGAAGCCGUUUUCCAAAGAAGAAAUGCCGAAGAUCAACGUUUUGAAAAUUCACCCGAAAACAGCUGCCUUUAUGAAGACCACGACCAAACAGCCAAUCAAAUUUACAAAAGCUUAUUUCAACACGGGCGUUAACCAAAAGGAACAGACCAUAGUCACUUCGACUGGGCCUUUCGCUAUUACAUGGUCCUUAAAGAAAGUUUUGAGAGGCGACAAAAUGUCGUACCUCAUUAAAAAGUAUAAUUCCCUUAUUAUGGAAGACAAUUUCAGAUACGGAUCUGAUAGAAAUGUUAUCUUAGCACUUAAAGACAACGUUAAAAUGGCGAAAAAAAGUAAAUUCAAGGACCCUGCUGUAGAAUUACAGCGACAAAGGAGUUGGAACGACUUUCUGCAGCUUUCAGGCGAGGCAACUAAAAGGUAA